GAAUCAUCUUGUUUUCUUGCUUUUAUUGACUCUCUGAUAACUAGCACCACUAUCCUGUACCGGAGAAGCCAAGAUGGCAGCAAGCAAUUAUUUUGGCUUCACGCAUGCUACCGGUCCCCAGUACAGUACUCAUCCUCCACCGGCCUACUCUCAUUCUUCGAUGGCCACCUACAACGUCCAGCAGGCUCCCGCUGUGCCUCAUGCCGUGACAGCCUCCUACUCUGCGGGCACAGUGCAGGCAGCCCAGCCUGUCGUCAGCGCUCCUUAUGGCAGCUAUCAGAGCCACCAGCCCCCUCCAGACUACACCUACCGACCACCAGGCCCUCCUGCACUACCACAGCCCACCACCACACCACAAACGUAUCAAGUGUACUCGCAGGACAACUACAGCUAUGACAAUAAACCGUAUUACCAGACAAGUAUUGCUCCAGCUCAGAGGAGUACCACUGACAAUUACUACCAGACAGUCAGCAUGAAGGCUGGUUACACUCCGGCUCCCACUACUGUGUACAGCCACCCACCUCCUAUCCAGAGGCAGGUCACAACGCUGAACCCGCUGACCCCAAGCAGUUCAGUGUCCACCAGCUACAACAUCUACCCAGUAUCCAGCAGUACACAGCAGCCACAAAUGUCCAUUUCGUCCUACACCCUCCCCUCCACCUUCAGCUCUAGUGCGUCGGCCACCACUUUCUCAGGCCACAGCUAUUCUAACUAUGAUUCAACUGGCUACACCUCUACAUCCGCCCCCUCCUAUUACCAGUCAGCCCAACAGACAUUGCAACACCAAAGGCAACAUCCCCCAUCCCAUCAGCCACAACAACCGCAGCCUUCCAAGCAACUGACUUGUGCUUCCUGGAGCAAUUCAGGCAACAACAUGGUGACGAGCUCAGUGGGAAGCAGCCACAAAAAGCCUGCAUUUCACCAGAACAAGCUGGAGAAGUCUAAAGGGUCUGCCAAGCAGCCCCAGCUUCAUUACUGUGACAUUUGUAGGAUAAGCUGUGCAGGCCCUCAGACAUAUUGGGAGCAUCUACAAGGGCAGAAACAUAAGAAAAAGGAAGCUGUUCUGAAGACUAGCAGUCAGACGGGAACCUGCAAUGGGCCCAGAGGUGUACAGACCCAGUUACGAUGCGAGUUGUGUGAUGUGUCCUGCACUGGAGUCGAUGCCUACGCCGCACACAUCCGUGGUUCCAAACACCAGAAGGUGGUGAAACUGCACACUAAGCUAGGAAAACCUAUCCCCUCCACUGAGCCUGUGUUGGUGAAUUCUGCACCAGUGGCGAAAACGUCAACGGCUGCUAAACAGCAGCCCUCCACCACCGACAUGGCUUCAGUUGGGACCACUUCAACUUCUACUGCACCCAAACCAGCUAUAAACUUUGCAGCUAAAACACUCACAACCAUCAAGAAACUAGUUCCGUCCAAAAUAACUUCCAAUAAGCCAGCAGUGCAAACUGGGACAGAAGCAGUGAAAGUAGAGACGACCGUGCCACAAGCGCAAGAGGAGGAGUGUGACCAAGUCGAAAGCCCAGGGAACAUUCAGCCAAUUGGGCAUGACUAUGUCGAGGAGGUGUGUAACGGUGACGGGAAAGUAAUUCGGUUCCACUGUAAGUUAUGUGAGUGCAGCUUCAAUGAUCCAAAUGCGAAAGACAUGCACCUGAAAGGAAGAAGACACAGACUCCAAUACAAGAGGAAAGUGAACCCGGAGCUCUCAGUGGAGAUCAAACCUAGUAACCGAGCCAGAAAGCUGCAAGAGAGCAAACAGAAGAAGCAUAAUGUGGUGCUGAAGAGACAGCAAGAUGAUAAGCACCACUGGUACAUGGAGAUGAGGCGACAUGAGGACAACAUGUACUGGUGGAGAAUGGCAGAGGAGCAAAUGUACUGGGGGGAACAGAGACACAGGAUGGCUCCCCCGCCUCUCAUGAGCUGCCUGGGUCGGCCUGUGCCCCCUCUGCUGGCUUGCGUGCGUCCGCUAGACUCAAUUGAUGACCGCGUUGUAAUGGCCAAACACGCCACCAUUUACCCAGGGGAGUUAGAGCUCCAGGCUGUUCAGAGGAUUGUUUCCCACUCUGAGCAAGCCCUGAAAAUGGUGUCGGAUAAUCUGUUUGAGAAGAACAUCACUGCUGCUUCUCCUGAGAGUGGAGACCUAAACAGCAUUAAGAGCUCAUCCCGGCUGUUAAAAGGUGUGAUGCGGGUGGGCAUCUUAGCCAAAGGCCUGCUACUUCGUGGUGACACUAAUGUUCAACUCAUCCUGCUCACUGCCAAGAAACCCACCGUCUCCUUACUCAAGACCAUAGCUACGCAGUUGCCCAAGGAACUGGCAACAUUUUCUGAAGAUCAGUAUGAGGUGCAGGCUCACCCAGAGGAGGCCAACGUCGUCAUAUUAUCAAGCAAGGAGCCCACUAUGCAGGUGACUGUUUCUCUCACCUCGCCACUCAUGAGGGACGACCCUGCUGCCGAAAAGGACAAACAGGCAGGAGGAAAAGCGGCUGAGAAAGAUGUGGCUGAGAAUGAUCCAACCGAUCUUCUGAAUAAGAAAAAAUGUUUAGAGCACUUGGCUGCACUCCGUCAUGCUAAAUGGUUUCAGGCUCGUGCCAAUGGGCUUCAGUCCUGUGUGAUCAUCAUACGAGUCUUACGAGAUCUUUGUAAGCGGGUACCCAUCUGGAGAAAGGUGCCAAGCUGGGCGAUGGAGCUGCUUGUAGAGAAGGUCAUCAGCAGUGUAGUUGGCCCACUCAGUCCAGGAGAAGCCUUGCGGAGGGUGCUGGAGUGUAUGGCCACGGGAAUCCUGUUAUCAGAUGGGUCUGGGUUGUUGGACCCCUGCGAGAGGCAGCCGACAGACGCUUUGGAGAGCAUGAAGGUUCAAGACAGGGAGGAUGUAACCACCAGCGCACAGCAUGUGCUACGGCUGCUUGCCUUCCAUCAGAUCCAUGAGGUCCUUGGCAUGAACUCCAUGACCAAGGCCAGCACUCCCAACCGCAAACGCCAAUGGGACAUAAGUGACACAAGCGAGGGCGAGGGGCGAGGCAAAAAGGACAAGAAGGAAGAGGUUGGCAAUGCUUGGCGUCCCAAAGAGCAGCAUGCAAGUUUAUUAUCUGAUUGAAUGUAGCCAUUUAAAAAAAAUAUUAAUAAUAAUAAUAUCAGUCGAUUCAGAUCAGUUCUUGAAAAAAAAAAAGAUUCACUGUAAAAGACCAACUCUUUUUCCCUGUAUGAUCAUUACUUACAUAUGUAUAGAGAUGUUAGAAGUAUUUAAACUGUAGAAAAACACAGUUUAGUUCGGCUGAUUGCAUCAUUUCAUUUUAACUGCACACUAAGUGCAUCUCUGAUGAGUCACAAAAGACAAACCAUAGUUCUCAGCUCCUUUUUUAUAAAACUAUUGAACUCACUUGACAACGUUAGAAGGAAACAUGAACAUAAAUUUACAUUUUUUAGGGCCUGCAAUCACGCCUGUGAAGAUCAUCCGGUUAUAUACUUGCCAGAUUACAAGUCCUAUCAUUCUGCAAAAACAACAAAAGGUCAGGUCGGGACACCUUAAUAUGAGGCAAAAUAAAACAAUCAAUCAGUAAACGUCCAACUGAAAAACAAAACUAUCUGUAAGAGGUUCUGUGUUGUCUUUUUGUCUACAGAUGAAAUUGAAACUCUUAAAAAGUAAUCAUUAUCAUCAUACUGUCUGUAAGCAGUAAUACUUCUUCAAAGUUAGCAGAAGCAAUGCCCAACAAUAUCCUAGGAAAUGAUCUCAUGACCUUUUGUGUCUACAUGAUGAUGCAGGGAGUAGUACACGGAAGAAGGGAGGAGAAAACUUGACAAUGUAGACCAGGAUGGAACAAUUGCACAAUUGUUUAAAAGUUCUGUAUGACUGACUUUGUUUCAAUUGCAAGACCAACUGUUUUUAGUUGUUAAGUAUGUCACAAUCUCUUCUCUUGAAAUCCAAAAUGUUACCAUUGUAACUUUGUUCUUUCUUUUGUGUAUGUUUUUAGCCCAAGUGUUCUGCAAAUUGAGUUUGUGUUGUUAUGGGUUUUACGCUGCUGUAAAUAAAUGAAAAAAUAUAUAUGGGGAACUACCUCCAACCUCCA